ACAAGCGAGCGUAUAACGACGACACCACAACAUUCAUCGCCACUUUAAUCCACUCUGUGCCUGAUGGAAGAAACUUAUUUGAUUUUACUUAUGGUUCAUUGUCUCUCAGGUGGCCUCGACGGGGACAGGAAGCCAGUGACUUGUCAACGCCCCUCUCAUUGUUCCUGAGGUUGCAGACGAUAUUGUCUCCAAUAACGUGUUUGUUUUUACAACAUAAUACCGGUGUGACGGCACAAAUAAGGGACCCCAAGUGCUGUUGUAGUCCGAGAGAUCACACAAACUGCAAAUAUAACAAAUACUCGGGUCUGUCUGUCAUCCCCAGUGGGAGUGCUGUGUUUCCAGAAGACGCCUCUUAUGCAAUCCAAUUCCUGCAUUCUUUUGGAGCAAGUAGCCCUCACAUAAAACUGCAUACAUCAUAAGGAAAGAGUCUCAAUAUGUCACAUACAAUUACUACAGCUUGUCAGAGAAUAUAUAGAAAUUGGGCUAAUGGUACUACAAUGAAUAAUUAUCUAUAUACUCAAAUAAACAAUUUUAUUCUCAAACCACCAAAAGCAUCAGGAUUAGAGAGUGUCACAUGUGCAGGAAGAUUUUAUUCAAUACAUUCAAUGUCUUUGUCAAAGCAUUCACAUAAAAUUGGUAACCAUUUAAUAUUUCGGAGUGGCUAUGCUCAUACAGUCCUGAAUACUUACUGUGACAUAAGGUUUUUGUCAUCAUUUGAAUCUUCCAUCAUGCAUGGAAGAACUGUACCAGAACAGAAAAUGAAAAGUUCAAGGAACUGCCAAGAACAAAUGCUUAAAUCAAGUACUGAAGAACCAAAUUACUUUUAUUUUCAUCCUUUAUGUCAGCCUGAAAUGCGAAUGAGAGUUGUGUCAAGUUUUGAUGUUGUAAGGGAUUUUAUAAAUGAAGAAGAGGAGGAGAUACUAAUGAAAGAAGUUGAGCCACACCUGAAGAGAAUGAAGUAUGAGUUUGACCAUUGGGAUGAUGCAAUUCAUGGUUUUCGAGAAACAGAACGCUCAAGAUGGGGAAAAGCAGCUACCAUUGUUGUAUCUAGAAUGCGUCAGUAUGCUUUUCCUGCAGAGGAUCAACAGCUGCCACAGAUUCAUGUUCUUGACUUAGCCAAGGCUGGGGUUAUUAAACCACAUGUUGAUAGUGUCAGGUUUUGUGGCAAUAUUAUAUGCGGCUUAUGUUUGCUGAGUGAUGCCGUGAUGAGACUUGUGCACGUAGACAACAAAGAUCAAGUUGUAGAUAUCCUCCUACGUAGGAGGUCACUAUAUGUUAUGAAGGAUGAAUCUCGCUACAAUUAUACUCAUGAGGUUCUUGGUGAGAAAGAUUCUUAUUUUGGUACUGAAUCAAUAUCCCGGGAAAGAAGGAUCUCUAUUAUUUGCCGCAACCACCCAAGAGAAGAUGGAAGUUAACUACUGUACACACGUCUACUCUAGGUACCUCAAAAAUUGAUAAAUGAUGCAUUUGAGGCAGUAAUCUAAAACUAUAUGGGAAUGUAAAAUUCUCUUACAAAUCAGAUGCAGUUUAAUAUAAUUAUGGCAUAAAUGAUUUAGACAUGAGUAAAUCUUCUACUGUAUUGUACUGUACAUGGUAAUGUAUGCACUGUACUGGUAUGAGUUGUUGAUAUAUUCUUCUGUUAUUUAUAAUAUAUCUCUUAAAGGCAAAUGGGUUUGACUAUAAAUAAUAACCAAUGUGCAAUUAGCUUAUACUGUGAUCUUGAACUUAAACUAAUUUUGCUUUAUUGAUUUUGUAUUGUUAUAAUUCUAUUCUGGUGCCCUAAUCACCUGUGCAUGCAGCGUGGAUGUUUACAUGCAUACGUGUGCACCUUUGUGUGUGUAGUGGGGGGGGGGACCAAAUCUCUAAAAGUUUUAAUAAAGAUUUUUAAAUUUUAUGAUAGUACUGUAUUUAUAAUUUAAAUUAUAAGAUAUUUUGGAUUGUUGUAAAACUAAAAUAAAGUUACCAAAAAAGUGUGAUAUUACUGAUUCAGUCAUUCUCAAGAAUCCACAGAUUAUAAUUGUGAAAAGAAUAUAAUAGGUCACAUGAUUUUUUAAUGGCUAUGAUAUAAAUUUUAUCUUUAGAUAAUGUAUACUGUACUAAGAAUCUCCCUAAAGAAGGAGAUUGAGCCUAUUCCAUCAUCACCUGUUCAACCACAACACGUCUACAUGUUCAAGAAUAGAGAAUUAACAACAAGAACAACAGCUAUAACAUCUAGACAAGAUUCCACCACUCUCUACACCCUAGUCUUCUACCCCCCGGGACACUUGUCGUCUGCAGAGGCCCGCACCACUCUGGUCAACAAGCACCUUGAUAGUUUGCAUCUGCCGGCUUCCAAUUACUGUAUCGUUACACCAGUGCCAUCUGCACGGUCAAGCCCCCAAAUAUAUAGAAGCCAGCCAGCUACCACCAGCAGAAUACUCUCCAGUUCACAACUUGCCUACAUCUGCUCUCACACUACCCUGUGUGGUGGUAGAUUUAUGCAGUAUUGUAAAUAGUAUUCCAACACCAUUGAUUUUGAUCCUUAACGUAACAUUAACUUGUUUGUUUGCUUUUCAUUUUUGCACUGUAUUAUUAAGCCAAAUCAUAGAGGAACUAUUUUUAUUUCAUGUAAAUUGUUAGUUAUUUUUUGUCAUAGUAAAGUAUUUAAAUUUU